AUGAAAGGUAGCAGAAAAAACACGGGGGAGAAGGAGACGCCAUCAACAAAAGAUUCCGAUUCAGCUUUAACCCAGCAUGCAUAUCAGUUGGAAAGACAUUUCGGUAAUGUAUUGAACCACGUUACUGUAAAACGAUUUGCUAAAGAUGUUGCAUUUCAUAUCCUUGAAAAUGCUGCUUUGUUAAAGUGUAGUGCGUUGAAGGAACUUGUUCCAAAAAUAAAGCAUCGUGUGAAUAGAGCAACUGUUCUUAAAGUAGCCAUGAAAUACUGCUUAGAUAGCAGUCUGUAUCGUGUUAAUAGGACAAUCGAAGAAAAGAUAGAAUGCAUUCAGUAUCUGGUAUCACAGGGGGUAAAUAGUGAGAAAUUUAACUAUGACAGUACUCUUAUGUAUACAUUACGUAUGAACGAUUUGGAAUUAGUACGGGCUAUGCUGGAAGCUAAGAUAAAUAAUGUGAACUCCGGCUUACCAUAUCUUCAGUAUGCCAUAGAACAAGUACCAUCCGCUGUUGAUUUAUUACUGGAAUAUGGCGCGGACCCAAACAUGGUGUCUAACCAUCAUUAUACAACACCUUUAAUGUAUGCAAUAUCAUGGGUAAAUAACAAAAGUUGGUGGAGAAGUCGACAUAUACAUGAUACCACUGCAGAUAAACAGAAUGAAUUUCCGUACAGCAUAGUUAAAAAACUACUAGAAGCCGGUGCUAAUGUCAAUUGUGCAGACAUAGAAGGUAAUUCUCCUUUAGAUAUUAUUGAUUACACUCAAAAUGAUCCUACCUCACCAUUUAAUCUGAAAAUGGAAAAAGCGAGAUAUAAGUUAAAUGAAUUAUUAUUGAAGUAUGGUGCCAAUGUAAAUCUUCAAAAUUUACGAUAUAAAGAUACCGCAUUACACUUAGCAGCUUCCGGGGCUGAUAUAAAAUCCAUGAAGCUACUAUUAGAACAUGGAGCUGAUGUCAAUAAAAUAGAUAUAGAAGGUGACACUGUAUUACAUAGACUUGUGAAAUUAAAGCAGAGAUAUACACUCUAUUCCUGGACUUGGGACGGCGAAUUAGACGACGAGGAUGAACAUUUACCGGAUGUCACCAAGUUUAAAGAUAUUGUCAAUUUGUUGGUGCAUUAUGGAGCAAAUAUAAACAUGAAAGAUCGCGCAGGAUUCGCCCUGGUUCAGUGUUGUUAUCAACGACAGUGUUGGGAUUAUGUCGAGGUAUUGCUGUACAUGAACUGUAGUUUAAGAGGGUUCCAAAUUGAGGAGAUACAUGUUGGUGAGGAUGCGUAUCAAUGUGAUAAAUGUGAAAGAGGAAGUCACGUGGUUAAUGAAUCUCCCGACAGACAGCAUCAUGUGGCUCAGAUCUUAUCAGAAUUUGGUAUACAAUCUCUGAAAUGUGAAAACAUAGAUUAUGGAAGGUAUCCAACUUUAAAAGUGUUAUGUCGUCAGAUGAUUCGAGACAAUCUGGGAACAAAUAUACAUAAGAAAUUACCUCUAUUAAAAUUACCCCAAUAUAUCAAUAAUUUCAUUUUAUUACAUCAUUUUUAUUCAUAG